AUGCAGUAUCAUUCAGAAGUAGCCAGUUUACUUGAACAUACUUCGACUCACCAAAUCGAUGAUAGAAACACAAUUCUAAAUAAAUACAUUCCGAGAGGAAAACGAAUAAUUUUUGUCGAUAUAUCGAUUCUAAAAUGUCGAAUAUGUGGGCAACACUAUCCCGAUCUGAGCGCGGUCAGGCAACAUUUGGAAUUAGAACACGGCAAGGAAUUCUCUCCCGCCAGCAACGGUAUGACAGAAUACAAUAUGGAGACGAACGAGGGACUGUUUACAUGCCAUAUUUGCGGAAAUACUUAUCAUAAUUUUUCACUUUUGAACACGCAUAUGAAUGGUCAUGUUGGUAAAGUGGUAUGCGAGAGCUGCGGAGCUGGUUUCUUAAAUCAACACCUCUUGUUGAAGCACAAGGAAACGCACAUGUCAAAACGCUUUAAUUGCAAGUACUGCGACAAAGUCUUCUUCAAAAAAAGCCAACUGAAAUACCACACCGAGAUCGUGCAUAAAGGCAAGGACAGGGUGAAACUGAAAAAAUGCCAACACUGUACCCAAACUUUUAAGGAGCACUAUAGCAAAAUGAUGCAUCUAAAAGAGGUGCACGGUAUUAUGAAAUCAUUUCUGUGUCAUAUUUGUAAAGUUGACUUCGGCACACGGCGCGCACUGACCGAGCAUACGACUAAGUACCACACGGAAAAGUUCAAAUGCGAAGUGUGCUCUAAGUGUUUCGGUAUUGAGUCCAAAUUGAGACAGCACAUGCAGGGGCAUAUUGGAGAGAGGCAUUUUAUGUGUCCAAUUUCUGCCGCCAGGGCACGCCCCACCACCAGCAUGUGGGCGAUGACGUUAUCGGAAAGAGAGAACGCGGCAAAUCUCUUACAGUACACCACUAUCGUCCCUUUCACUUACCUCUCUUACCCAUUCUCCUUUAAAUGUUUCUAUUGCACUGAGAAAUAUUCGGAGCUAUCGAAAGUACUAGAACAUGCAAAAACCCAUACAGUUCCAGACACAGUUGUGUUAAUGAAAGACUUUUUAAAGAAAGGCAAGAAAACUAUCAAAGUGGACAUGUCCGAAUUGAAAUGCAAAAUUUGCAACGAUCCAUUCUCGAAUUUGGACGACGUUAGGAAACAUCUAAGCUGCGUGCACGACAAAGAGUUUACGAAAGCGGGAAACGGAAUCAUCGCGUUCAGUUUACAAACGAAAAAUGGCAUCUUCUCAUGUCACUUGUGUUCGGAAAAUUUCCACAGCUUUUUCCUUUUAAACAAACACAUCAAUGUGCAUUACAGCAACGCAAUAUGCGAGUCCUGUGGUAAAGGAUUCGUAUCACAUACAAGAUUGCUUCAGCAUAAAGAAACCCACCUCACGGGACAGUACCCUUGCGACAAAUGCAAAAAGACGUUCACAAGUUUGCCAAAAUACAAAUAUCACAAUGAUAGGGUCCACAGAAACUCGACAAAGGUAAAGCUAUCAAAAUGUCAGGUCUGCGAAGCGAGAUUCGGGCAUCACUACGAGAAAAUUAAACACUUGAAGGACUUGCACGGUAUGACGUACAAUUAUCCCUGUGAGAUUUGUGGCAUAGUGUUUGAAACGCGCAAAUCGUUGUACUUUCACACAAAAAAAUAUCAUACGCAGAAUAUCCUAUGUGAUGUCUGCAAUAAACCGUUCGCUGAACGCCAUCAUUUGAAAAAGCACAUGGCUAUGCAUACAAAGGCUAGAAACUUCGCGUGUUCUUUGUGCAGCAAGACGUAUAGAUACGAAAAAAACUUGAAGGACCACAUGAGAGUGCAUAAUCCUGAUUGGAAAUUCGCUUGCUCGAAUUGUUGGGUUGGUUUCCAGAGGGCCACAUUGGUAAUACGGCGUAGUGACAUUGAGACAAAAGCGAAAAUAGUUCUCGUCCACCAGACGCCACAACGAAGAAACGCCGAACUGAUACUCAAGCAUUCCACUGCGUACCCGUUUAAGACGCGUUUCAGUCAAAUACUCUGCGCCUACUGUCACACAGAAUACGAAUUAUUGCCACAAUUGAAAAUUCAUAUGGCGAGUGACCACGCGAAUGCAGAUUUCGGAAAGGUUUUCUGUAGAAUGAAAGGUAAUUUAAUAAAAGUUGACAUCAGCGAUUUGGAGUGUAAGAUUUGUUGCAGAAGUAUCCGAGACGUGGAUACAUUGAUGCGUCAUUUUGCACAGGAUCACGAUCUGCCGGUGAAAUUCAACGCGUGCUAUGGCGUUCUACCUUACAAGUUGUUAAAAGACAAUAAAUGGUUAUGCGUUUACUGUGCCAAAACCUAUGCGGCUUUUAUAGACUUUAAGCGGCACAUAACAACGCAUUUCAUGAAUUAUAACUGCGACAAAUGCGGUACAACUUUCAUCUCGUGUCACGCUCUACGGGAGCACCAACGUCAGGUGAAAUGUCACCGUAUCGCGUACAAGCCGCGCAAUGGACGUGCGAUGAGACCUCGAAGCAACGCGGAGAUCAUCUUACAGUGUUCAUCGGCCUACCCGUUCAGAACGUGGAUGAGCAAUUUGAACUGUGUUUUCUGCAGGGUCAAGACCAGAGAUCCUGUCGUCUUCCGCAACCAUAUGGCGUCUCAGCACGAGGCUUACGACGUGCAAGCAGCUUUCUAUAAAAAACUUGGUAAAGCGUUUUUAAAUGUUGACAUAACAAAUCUACAAUGCAAGCUAUGUUUCAUCUCUAUUGACAACUUUGAAGACUUGGUCGGGCAUUUGAAGAAUGAUCACCAGCAACCGAUCAGGUCGGACGCACAGUUUGGCGUGUUGCCGUUCAAGCUGAACGAUGGUUCGACUUGGAAGUGUGCGAUGUGCACGAACCAAUUCAAGGAUUUUAUGUCGCUGAAGAAGCACACGCAAAGUCACUUUCAGAAUUACGUUUGCGACACCUGUGGCGAAGGUUUCAUCACGGAGUCCGCUAUGAUAGCUCACACUAAAAUACCCCACGAAAAUAGGUAUAAUUGCGGUCGGUGUGUUGCCACCUUCUCCACGCUGGACGAGAGGAACUCUCACGUCAAAACGCAGCACACGUCAACCCGUUACGUGUGCGUCUACUGCGUAGACAAGCCACGUUUCGCAACUUGGGAGAUAAGGAAAAAGCAUUUGCUCGAAGUUCACAAUUACGGUACGGGUGGCGAUAGUUACGAAUGUACCAUUUGUCAGAAGGCGUUCAAAUCUCGCUCCGGGAAGUACAAUCACAUGGCGCGGAUCCACCGCGUCAUCAAGGAUUCCGAAUUGAGUUAUACGUGCGGGAGUUGUUCUAGAGCGUUCACCAGCCAGUUGUUUUUAGAUAAACACAUCGCGAAGAAACAUACCGAUGCCUGA